AUGUCCGACACUCGAGUCUAUCUAGGCCUCUGGAGCGAUCAUACCAGGAACUCUGUGGCAGGUUCAGCCUUGACGGUUAGCAACCAGUCAGGCUUAUAUGUCAUUGCCUUUCUUGCACUCUGGGUCCGACUGGUGGGUAGCCAUUUUUGGACCAUCAUCUGCUUUAUUGUUCACCAGUUCAGAGCGAGUCCACAGGCCCAAGAUGCUCUACAUCACCAACAUCAGUUUCUACUUCGAAAUUCCCAAUCUAAUAUAGGCACUCUAUGGGACCUCACCAAGGUUAUUUGGUACUGGAGAUCUGCGACCCGAAGCUUCGCCCGCUCAUUUCCGCUGUUGGCUUUGGCGAUCUCCCAUGCUAUCCUGUUCACUGCUGCGGCAUUCUUCUCAUCGCAAGUGGCCUCAACGUCCAACCUUGUCCUGUUGAAAAGAGAUCCAGCUUGUGGAUAUUUGAUGUAUCCGCCCGAGCCCCUCGACACAAUCGAAAAGACGAAACAAGCAACCGAAUGGUUCAUUGCGAAUAAAGCUAAUGCUCAAUGGGCACUCAGUUAUGUUGAUCAGUGUUAUGGUGCAAAUGCAAGUACAAGCAGUACUAUGUGUAACACGCUUGCUCAUCGCACUUUCAACAUCAGUACGGUUACAGUAGAGUGCCCGUUUCCAAAUGCAACACUGUGUCGGGACAGGGCAAUACAGGUCGAUAGUGGAUUUCUCAAUUCAGCCGAGCAUCUAGGCAUCAAUUCAGAGCCGAAUGAUUCACUCGAUUAUAGAACUGUCAAAACAUGUGCUCCAAUCCACGAUGAGGGCUAUUAUUUCUUCAAUUCAACUGGGAAUAUGGCCAGCAAUGACUCGGAUACACAAUACUACUUGGAUUAUGGUUACCAUUAUGAAAGGAACAACUAUUCAACCUUCUCUUUCUAUCGCAGUGAUUUACUAAAUCCAAGUCGAGCAUAUAGACUACUGUGGGCACAAGCAAGGGCCUCAAAUGAGGCAGAUUCUACUUUUUUGCCUAUUGACGGGCUCAAUCGAACGGACGGUGAUGUUACACUUGUCUUGCUCUUCAAUUUUGCCAGAUACGCGGAACCCGUCAAAGAUCUCUGGUACAACACGGAUGAUGACGUCGAGUAUACCUCAGGUGCUAUUCGAUAUAAAUCGUCAAGAGUAAUCUCAGUUAUGGGUUGUGUCGAACAACAUGAGUUUCGCGCAUCCAAUGGCAGCCGUUCUGGCCUGGUCGGCCUCGAAGAGCUAGGUGACUGGGAAAUCGACACCGACCGCAACAAAGCAAAACUUUCUGUCGCUCGGCAUAUGUUCCACGCAAUUAAAUAUAGCAGACUUGUCUAUCAAUUGGCAGCUGUUGGCACCAAUCUUCUACAAGCAUCAUCUGGGUCGUCUGGGGAAUCACGCAUCGAUCAUAUUGGAGUUCCGAACGAUCAGUGGAAACGAGAGGUUCUCUACUGGGGUCAACAGUCGGUCACAAGCUUACAGAGAGCUCUUCAAUCCUAUGUUAAAGGGCCAGCCCCUGCAGAUUCACCGUACCUAAAGAAGCCGGAUGAGGAUCUCCUUCGAGACUUCGACCCUUGCAGUUCUCAGAUCGUUCGAGACCCAAGUCACUAUUCAAUCAAUAUUUUUGGGCUCUACUUCACGAUCGGUAUGGGUCUGCUAAUCAUAGUCUUGAACUGCUCCCUCUCGACAAUUGUCUCCAAGAUCCAAGGAUGGAGCGGAACUCCAGGCUAUCGGAACCAGCAAUACGAACUCGACAAUGCUUUCCAGGUACAGAGACUAGCCUAUGAAAAUAUGGGUCUUGGUCGAUGGACCUCACUGCAAAGCUUGGUUCCCGUAACUCAGAAAGGGGAGAAAUUUGGACAACCGGUCAGGGCGUCAACACCAGGUGCAAAUGCACCGUUUCACUUACGCAGCUUAUCAUCUACACCUCUUGUCUCCCCUUAUCUUCGACAGCAGUCUGCGUCACCGUAUACCCCGACAAAUUACUCAAAGGUGUCGCAGGAGGAAGAUCCAUUUUUCGCCCCUGCUUACCGACCAACUCACUAUCCACGAGACUCGAUAUGA